AUGAUGCAGCCAAACACACCGAGGAUCGGUACGCUCAGGGUGGUGUCUGGCUCUCGGGACACCACGCUGCGUGUGUGGGACGUGUCGACGGGCCGCUGCGAGCACGUGCUGACGGGCCACGUGGCGGCGGUGCGCUGCGUCCAGUACGACGGCCGCCGCGUGGUGUCGGGCGGCUAUGACUACAUGGUGAAGGUGUGGGACCCCGAGACGGAGGUGUGUCUGCACACGCUGCAGGGACACACCAACAGAGUGUACUCGCUGCAGUUUGACGGUGUGUUCGUGGUGAGCGGCUCGUUGGACACUUCGAUCAGAGUCUGGGAUGCAGAGACAGGUGGGUGUGUGCACACGCUGACGGGCCACCAAUCACUGACCAGCGGCAUGGAGCUGCGAGACAACAUCCUGGUGUCCGGGAACGCCGACUCCACGGUCCGAGUUUGGGACGUCCGCACGGGACAGUGUCUCCACACACUGCAAGGGCCCAACAAGCACCAGUCGGCAGUGACCUGCCUGCAGUUCUGCCGAGGUCUGGUGCUGUCCAGCUCCGAUGACGGGACGGUCAAGCUGUGGGACCUGAGGACGGGGGUCUGGCUGAGAGACGUGGUGGCGCUGCAGAGCCGGGGGUCAGGUGGCGUGGUGUGGCGAAUCAGAGCGUCCGACACUCGGCUGGUGUGUGCUGCCGGCAGCAGGAACGGGACGGAGGAAACCAAACUGCUGGUGCUGGACUUCGACCUCGACGACAGGAAGACGGAGACGGAGACGGAGACGGAGUGAGGGAGAAAGUCAGCGGCAAAGCCAUGAAGAGAAGCUUAUUUUUUUAAACAAAAGUCAUGGCUGGAUCCAGUUCCUUCUCAGAGAGACAGACAGACAGACAGACAGAGAGACAGACACAGACAGACAGACAGACAGA